UUGUGUCAGGCCUGUGAUUGGACUGCAGAGUACACUAGGGAGGAGGAACACAGAAGUAAAAAGCAAAGAGCUGAGGAGAGGGGAAAAGCCCUCUUUACCCCCAACCCCAUGCAUACUCACCCAUGCCUGAAAGAGGGUUUAGCCACUAGCCUGGCGAGGGUCAGCAUGUGUCAAGGGUGGUGGCAACAGAUGGACUCAGGAAGCUUUCUACCCCAAGAUGGGCUGCAAGGCUUCCAGGGACUGGCCUGCCAACAGCUGGACUUGAUCACCAGCUUGCAAAGUGAGGUCAUGCAUCUGGUGGAAUAACAAGCAGAUUUUUCUCUCCGGCUGUUUUUAGAGGGUUUUCAUAGCGGCUAGAAAGCAGAUCACCAACUGGACCCUGGAAUUUUCUUCAAGAAGCUCAGCAUAGGAGAUUCCACCCCUGGGUGGUUCGCAGGACAAUGAUGGCCCUUCGGCGAGCUUCUGCUUUCCUGGUUCUGCUCCUCGUGGCUUUUCUGCCCCCACCGCAGUGUGCCCAGGACCCUGCCAUGGUGCACUACAUCUACCAGCGCUUCCAGGUCUUGGAGUACGAAAAGGAAACGAGGAGAGGAGUCAUGGCUUCUGAUGCAAGUCACGCGCUGGAAGUGGCCCUGGAGCAAAUGGACGGGAUCAUUGCAGGCACUAGAACAGGCACGGACAUCAGUGAUGGCACCAGUGAGCCAGGCCUGGGCUCCCCGGCCUCCUACACCAACCCCCUCCCUGUGCUCCAUCUGGUCGAGGACCUGAAGCUGGCCCUGGAGAUGGUGGAGCAGCCGCAGGAGAGAGCAGCCCUGCUGAGUCAGAUCCCGGGCCCCACGGCCGCCUACAUACAGGAGAGCUUGUCCCAGGUAAAUCACCAUGGUGCUGCUAGUACUGAAACGUACCAGGAACGCUUGGCGCGUCUAGAAGGAGAUAAGGAGUCCCUCAUAUUACAGGUGAGUGUUCUCACAGACCAAGUGGAAGCCCAAGGAGAGAAGAUUCGAGACCUAGAAGUGUGUCUGGAAGGACACCAGGUGAAACUCAAUGCUGCUGAAGAGAUGCUUCAACAGGAGCUGCUAAGUCGUACAUCUCUGGAGACCCAGAAGCUCGAUCUGAUGUCUGAAGUGUCUGAGCUGAAGCUCAAGCUUGUUGGCAUGGAGAAGGAGCAGAGGGAGCAGGAGGAGAAGCAGAGAAAAGCAGAGUCGGUUCUGAAUGUGAUCAGUGAGCUGCAGGAGCAGAUGUGUAGGCUGCAGCUGGACAUCCACAGGCAGAUUCAAGAGCGCCUCGUACGCAGUAGGGGGCACCCUGAGGAGGUGGCGGCCCGCGGUGGUGCAGCCGAGCCCCAGGCCUGCAGCCAGGACUGUGCCUGUUGGGAGGGGUCACCUGAGUUACUGCAAGAGCUCAGGCACCUCAAAAUCAAGGUGGAAGAGCUGGAAAAUGAACGGAAUCAGUAUGAGUGGAAGUUGAAGGCCACUAAGGCUGAGGUAGCCCAGCUACAAGAACAGGUGGCCCUGAAGGAUGCAGAAAUUGAGCGUCUGCACAGCCAGCUCUCCCGGACUGCAGCGCUCCACAGUGACCAUGCAGAGAAAGAUGAAGAAAUUCAGCAUCUGAAAAUGGGGAUGGAAACCUUGCUUGUUGCCAAUGAAGAUAAGGACCGUCGGAUAGAGGAGCUCACAGGGCUGUUAAACCAGUACCGAAGGGUGAAGGAGAUCGUGAUGGCAACUCAAGGUUUUCUGAGCACAUCAAAUGGUAGUGAUCAUCCCUUCACAUUGAUGCACCCAGGGCCUUCAGACAGAACUCUCUCAAUCAAUGAGGAAGAACUGGAGGGAAGUUUCAGAAAGUGGAACACUGCAAACAAAGGCCCUGAAGAAUUAUUUACACCAGAGAUGCCUCCAAGAUGUGGCUCUCCCACAGCGGGCCCACCUCCACUACCCCAGAAAUCACUGGAAACCAGGGCUCAGAAAAAACACUCCUGUAGUCUAGAAGACUUGAGAAGUGAAUCUGUGGAUAAGUGUGUCGAUGGGAGCCAGCUCUCCCCAUCUCCCUUGGGAGACCCCGAGGAUAGCCCUUUUCUGGCGGAGCACAAAUACCCCACAUUACCUGGGAAGCUUUCAGGAGCCACGCCUAAUGGAGAGGCUGCCAAAUCUACUCCUGCCUCCCAGCCUGACCCAGCAGGGAGCAGCCUUCUGAGGCUGAAUCGUGGCCGGAGUGUCAGUGCCCCUGUGUUAGGAGACACAGAGAGUGGUUGGGAUGACACUGCCAUGGUCAAUGAGCUCUCAUCCACGUCAUCGGGCACGGAGUCGGGCCCCCAGUCUCCCCUGACACCAGAUGGUAAACGGAGCCCCAAAGGUAUCAAGAAAUUCUGGGGAAAAAUCCGAAGAACUCAGUCAGGCAAUUUCAACACUGAUGCGCCAGGAAUGGCAGAGUUUCGGCGAGGAGGGCUCCGAGCAACUGCAGGGCCUAGACUCUCCAGGACCAGAGACCCCAAGGGUCAGAAAAGUGACGCCAAUGCCCCUUUUGCCCAGUGGAGCACAGAGCGUGUGUGUGCAUGGCUGGAGGACUUUGGCCUGGGUCAGUACGUGAUCUUUGCCAGGCAGUGGGUGACUUCUGGCCAUACUUUACUGACAGCGACCCCUCAGGACAUGGAAAAGGAGCUAGGAAUUAAGCACCCUCUUCACAGGAAGAAGCUGGUUUUAGCAGUGAAAGCCAUCAACACCAAGCAGGAGGAGAAGUCUGCCCUGCUGGACCAUAUUUGGGUGACACGCUGGCUUGAUGAUAUAGGCCUCCCGCAAUACAAAGACCAGUUUCAUGAAUCCAGAGUUGAUGGGCGGAUGCUGCAAUACUUAACUGUGAACGAUCUACUCUUCUUAAAAGUCACCAGCCAACUACAUCAUCUCAGCAUCAAAUGCGCCAUUCAUGUACUGCACGUCAACAAGUUCAACCCCCACUGUCUGCACCGGCGGCCAGCUGAUGAGAGUAACCUUUCUCCUUCUGAAGUCGUGCAGUGGUCCAACCACAGGGUGAUGGAGUGGUUGCGAUCCGUGGACCUUGCAGAGUAUGCACCCAACCUUCGUGGGAGUGGUGUCCACGGAGGUCUCAUUAUCCUGGAGCCACGCUUCACUGGGGACACCCUGGCUAUGCUUCUCAAUAUCCCACCACAAAAGACACUCCUCAGACGCCACCUAACCACUAAAUUCAAUGCCCUGAUUGGUCCUGAGGCUGAACAGGAAAAGCGAGAGAAAAUGGCUUCACCAGCUUACACACCACUGACCACCACCGCCAAAGUCCGGCCAAAGAAACUAGGAUUUUCACAUUUUGGAAACAUAAGAAAAAAGAAGUUUGAUGAAUCGACGGACUAUAUUUGCCCAAUGGAGCCCAGUGACUGUGUUGGUGAGAGUCACAGGGUGUACAGUGGCUACCGAGGCCUCAGCCCCCUUGAUGCCCCUGAGCUGGAUGGGCUAGACCAGAUGGCGCCUUCGGAAGGCACUGUGACGCAGAUAGGGCUCCUCUCCCAAGACAUUCACCGCCUCACGACCAUGUUGAGCCAGGACCAGCUGCUGAACGACUCUCGCCUGGCCACUCCCAACUCUGAGGACUGGAGAUGACUUUCUUCAUGGCUGGGAGCCCAGAGAGGCACGUGCGGGGGUCCCCAAGCCUCUGCUUCAGUGGGAGCUGGCACCCAGCCACCUGCAGAGUGCAGAUGGGGGCUGGCAGGAGGGAAGCGGAGCUGUGGAGCAGCUGUUCCGGAGGCAGCCCCAGGGGCCCUAUGUUGCCGACCGUGCUGUGCUCUUCACAGCUUUUAUACCUUUUCCACUGAAUACGUGGACUGCAUACCACCUCUGUGGGGAGGGCAGUGAGAUGUCAGCACAGACUCAAUGGCUGGUGCUCUUCCUUGUGGCAGUUGGGAGGUUCUUAUGCCAAAGCGGAAGGGCUAUGAGUUCAUAAAAGCUCUGCUGGAAAUUAGUUCUAAACAUUGCAUAGUGACUGAGCUGGGUGAAAUGAGAGGGAGCCCCUCCUUGGCCGCAUCCAUGCAGAAGCACGUAUUUACCUCCAGGGUGACAGCAGGUUAGGAACAAUGACUUCCUUCCCACUGCCUGGCUGCCGUCACCCUACCCUCGUCUGUAGGGAUGUGGCAGACUUGGUACCGCUGGGCUCCCAGCGUCAGAGCAGCGGCACCUCCAGCACCCCCUUGGGGCCGUGGCCCUCGGCAUAGCUGACAGGCAGGCAGAAGCCUUUCCCUCAUCAGCCUCAGACACAACUGUCUCAUCACAUGCUCCCCCUAGUGGAUGGCCCAUGGGCACCCUAAGCCAGCAUGUCCACUGCAACUUAGCAUCUUCUAGACCAGCCUGUUCUCUCUCAGGCGUCCCUGCCUCAGUGUGCGGUGCCACAUUCAGUCCUCUCCCAGCCAGUCUCCUGCUGGCAGUUGCCUGUCCUCUUCAUCCCUGUGAUACUACUUCAGGCCUCACCUCUCAUCUGAUUUGCACAGCUAGUCUCCUACAUGGCCCCUCACCUUUCCGGUUGGCUCCUCCAGACAUUCUCUACACUAUUCCUUAGAGUGACUUUGUCAAAUUGGUUUUUAUCCUGUUACCUUUCUGCUAAGAACUUUAGUUCCAGAAUCACCACAAUGCAGUUCCAGAACCCAGAGUCAAAGACCCCUGCACCCAGGCCCUUCUGAAUCUUCAGCCGCACAAACUGCGCUGUAGCCUGUGCUCCUUCUCGCAUGGUAGGAUGUACUGUCCCCUAAACCCAUCACUGCUCAGUAACAACCCUCCUCUAGUUGUGACAACCAAAAAUGUCUCCAGAUGUUGCCUGGGGGCAAAACUGUCCCUAGUUGAGAACCACUGGGCCAGGGAAUGGGGUGAAAGUGAGGCCCAGGUAAGGAAAAGUGAGUCAGCUGGAGCCAGAUGAAGGACAGGCAGGGUAAGAUUCGUGUUUAAGAAAACGGGAGGGGGCGGGGAAGAUGGCAGUGUAGAAAGAGCCUGACCCCACCUCCUCCCACCUAUACACUGACGCUAUACCUACACAUAGAGCAGGUCAGCCCAUGAAAGAACUGAGGCCUGAGUGAGCACCUGCUGUGCAAUGAGGGACAGAAAGAUCUUGUAUAAAAGAACAGGAGAGGCGGAGACAAGGUAACAGCAGGAACCCCAGCCCAGUGAUGUGCAGUGGGGAGGGAGACUGCUAUGGGACCGGGUGGAUUUCCUGCCCAGGGAAACAGAUUAACAGCUGCACUUUAAGGUGCAUCUGGAUUAUGAGUGAAAAAAUCCAAUUUUCAAAGGUAAAAAGCACUCGCAUUUGGUGGGAGAACUGCUGGAACUCUCUCCGGGAUCAGAGGUGCUGGUGAGUGCCAAAUUUGCAUUCCUUCCACAUAUUCAUAGUGCAACUGGGAGCAGGGUCCUGCAUGCACAGCAGUUGGACACCUGAUCUAGGCAGUCUCCCAGUCUCUGCCUACCCCCAUUCCUGCAGGAGAUCCAGCAGUCCCAGAGGGCAGCACUAGCAGUGGUGCUCACCCAAGCUCAUGCUGCCCAUGCCCACCUGUCACCCAGCGCCCACUGGAAGAUCCCCAGAGACUGCACCAGCCCCUCCUGGCACCAACCAGGGAGUUCCCCAGAUGCAUCCCUAGGCUGCUGUUCGCCCACCAUCCAGGAGCCCAUCAGACUCCAAUCCCCUGAGACACAUGUCUCCUGUUCAUCUGGCCCCGAGCCAACACCACCAGGCACACACAGUCUAUACAAGGGACCUCCCUGCACAAGGGUAACCCUUCAAGACUGGGAGAGGGAGCCCUUUAAACUAAUAAACAGAAUUAAGCACAGCAAGUCAAAAUGGAACAGAGGAAUAUGUUCUAAAUGACAAAACAAGGCAAAAUUUCAGAAAAAAACUGAAUGAUGGAGAGCUAACUGACCAACCUGAAAAAGAAUUCAAAGCAGUGGUUACAAAGAUGCUCACCAGACUUUAGAGAAGAAUGGACGAGUUCAGGGAGGACUACAACAGAGAGAAAACAAAAAAUAACCAAAGGUGAAGAAUAAUAAAUGAAAUGAAAAAUACACUAGAGAGAAUCCACAACAGAUUAGAGGAUGCAGAAGUACAAUCAGUGACUUGGAAGACUGCGUAAUAGACAAGCAAUCAAGAGGAACAGCAGAAAGAAAAAAUAAAAUUGAGGAUAGGUUAAGGGAGCUCUGAGACAACAUCAACGUCUUAAUGUUCACAUUAUUAGAGUCCCAGGCAGAAGGAAGGGGGUAUGAAACUUGAGAAAAUAAUAGCUGAAAAUUUUCCUAACCCAGGAAAAGAAGCAGACAUCCAGGUCCAAAAAGGACAGAGAGCCCCAAACAAGAUGAUCCCAAGGAGGUCCACAAUACAAUGAUUAAAUUGUCAAAGAUUAAAGAUAGGAGGAGGCAGGUCCAGGAUGGCAGCAUAGAAAGAACCUGACCCUACCUAGAAGCUACACCUAAACACAGAGAAUUCAUCCUGAGAAAACACAGGCCUGAGUAAACACCUUCUGCACGUGAGAUAAAAAGUCCACAUAAAAAUGUCAGGAGAGAUGGAGGCAUGGUAACAGAGGGAACCCUACUCCCAAUGCAGCCUUGACAUAGAUGAAUCACUUAAAACCGAGUAUGAAGUUUAAAGAAAAAAGUAGUAAAACCUACUAUUUCUAAAAAUUAGGUAAGCGGAUCACUAAAAGGUGUUAAAGACAACAUCAUACAUAAAACACAGAGGAGGGGGAGUAAAAGUAGUGCUGUUAGAAUGCCUUCAAACUUAAGCAACCAUCAACUUACCAUAGAUUGUUAUAGAUGUAGGAUGUCAUAUAUGAACCACAUGGUAACCACAGACCAAAAACCUGUAAAAGAUACACAAAAAAUAAAGAGAAGAGAAUCCAGCCAUAACACUAAAGAAAGUCAGCAUGCACAAGGAAAGGGAGCAAGAAAGGAAGAAAGGAUCAGUGAAUGAAAAAACAACCAGGAAACAUUUAACAAAAUGACAGUAAGUACAUACCUAUCAAUAAUUACUUCAAAUGUAAAUGGACUAAAUGUUCCAAUCAAAAGACAAAGGGUGACUGAAUGGAUAAAAAAUACAAGACCCAUCUAUGUGCUGCCUCCAAGAGACUCACUUCAGACCUAAAGACACAGACUGAAAACUGAAGGGACGGAGAAAGAUAUUCCAUGCAAAAAAAUUUUUUUAAAAGGCUAGAGUAGCAGUACUUAGACAAAAUAGACUUUAAAACAGAGACUGUAACACAACACAAGGACUGUUUAUAAUGAUUGAGGGCUCAAUCCAGAAAGAAGACAUAAGAAUUGUAAAUAACUACGCACCCAACAAAGGAGCACCUAAACACAUAGAGCAAAUAUUAACAGACAUAAAGGAAGAAAUUGACACUACUACUAUAGUAGUAGAGGACUUCAACACCCCACUUACAUCAAUGGAUAGAUCAUCCAGACAGAAAAUCAAUAAGAAAACAGUGGCUCUGAACUACACAUUAGACCAAAUGAAUGUAAUAGAUAUGUACAGAAUGUAACAUCCAAAAACAGCAGAGCACUCAUUCUUCUCAGGUGCACAUGGAACACUCUCCAUGACAGAUCACAUCUUCGGCCACAAAACAAGUCUUCAUAAAUUUAAGAUGACUGAAGUCAUACCAAGCAUCUUUUCUAAUCUGAAAAAAAACACAUGUAGAGGCUACAGCAUUCUACUGAACAAUUAACUGGUCAGUGGAGAAAUUAAAGAGGAAACUAGAGAGUACUUGCAGAAUAAUGAAAAUAGAAACACAACAAUUCAAAUCUUUUGGAUGCAGCAAAAGCCAUCCUAAGACAGAAGUUUAUAGUGUCAUAGGCCUACCUCAAGAAAGAAGAAAAAUAUCUAAUAAACAAUCUAACCCUACACCUAAAGGAACUAGAAAAAGAAGAAUAAACAAAGCCCAAAGUUAGUAGAAGGAAGGGAGUAAGAUCAGAGCAAAAUAAAAUGAAACUAAGAGCUGAUUCUUUGAAAAGAUAAACAAAACUGAUAGAGCUUUAGCUGGAUUCACCAAGAAAAAAAAGUACUCAAAAUCAGAAAUGAAGAGAAGUUGGAACUGACACCACAGAAACAUGAAUUAUAAGAGAUUACUAUGAAAAAUUAUAUGUCAACAAAUUGAACCUAAAAGGAAAUGGAUAAAUUUCUAGAAACAUGCAAUCUCCAAACAUUGUACUAGGAAGAGAUAGAAAAUCUGAAUAGACCAAUUGGUGGUAACAAAAUUGAAGCAAUAAUAAUAAAAAUCCCAACAAACAGAAGUUCGGGACCAGAUGGCUUCACAGGAGAAUUCUACCAAAUACUUAAAGAAAAGUUAAUACCUAUCCUUCUCAAACUAUUCCAAAAAAGAAAAGGAAGGCAAGCUUCCAAAUUCAUUCUACAAGGUUGUGAUACCAAAACCAGACACUAUAAAAAAAGAAAAUUACAGACCAAUAUCCCUGAUGAACACAGAUGCAAAGAUCCUUAACAAAAUAUUAGCAAACCAAAUUACAAAAUACAGUAAAAGAAAGGAUCAUUCACCAGGACCAAGUGGGAUUUAUUCCAGAGAUGCAGGAUGGUUCAAAUAGCCAAUCAGUGUGAUACAUGAUAUGCCAUAUUAGCAAAAGAAAAAAAAUCACAUGGUUAACUCAAUAGAUGUUGAAAAAGAUUUGAUAAAAUUUAGCAUCAAUUCAAGAUAAAAACUCCCAACUAAGUAGGUAUAGAGGGAACAUAUCUAAACAUAAUAAAGGCCAUAUAUAACAAAUCCACAGCUCACAUCAUACUCAAUGGUGAAAAACUGAAAGCUUUUCCUCUGAGGUCAGGGACAAGACAAGGAUGCCUACUCUUGCCACCUUCCUGCAACACAGUACUGGAUGUCCCGGCUGUAGCAAUCAGACAAGAAAAAGAAAUAAAAGGCAUCCAAACUUGUAAGGAAGAAGUAAAAACUGUCACUAUUUGCAGAUGACAUGAUACCAUAUAUAACCCUAAAGACUCCACCAAAAAACUAUUAGAAUUAGUAAGUGAAUUCAGUAAAGUAACAGGAUAUAAAAUCAGUAUACAUAAAUUUGUUUCUAUACACAAAUUAUGAAUUGAGAAGUUAAGAAAUCAAUCCCAUUUACAAUUGCAUCAAAAAGAAUAAAAUACCUAGGAAUAAAUUUAACCAAGGAGGUAAGACCUAUACUCUGAAAACUUUAACACACUGAUGGAAAAAACUAAAGACACAAAUAAAUGGAAAGCUAUUCCAUACUUAUGGGUAGGAAUAAUCAAUAUUGUUAAAAUUGCUAUACUGCCCAAAACAAUCUAUAGAUCCAGUGUAAUCCCCAUAAAAAUACCGAUGGCAUUUUUCACAGAACUAAAGCAAGUAAUCAUAAAAUAUGUAUGGAACCACAAAAAAAAUCCCAAAUAGCCAAAAUAAUCUUGAGAAAAAAGGAACAAAGCUAGGGAAAGCACACUCCCUUGAUUCAAACUAUACUACAAAGCAACAUGAAUCAAAACAGUGUGGUAAUGGUACAAGAAGAGAUAGACGAACAAAGAAAAGCACCCAGAAAUUAUCCCAUACUUAUACGGUUAAUCAAUCUAUGACAAAGGAGGCAGGAAAACACAAUCUCUUCAAUAAAUGGUGUUGGGAAAACUGGACAGCUACAUGCAAUAAAAUGAAACUGGAUCACUGUCUUACACCAUACACAAAAAUAAACUCAAAAAGAAUUAAAAAACUAAAUGAGACAUGAAACCAUAAAACUCUUUAAGAAAACAUAUGCAGUAUAACUCUUGAACAUGAGCAUUAGUAAUAUUUUUUUGGAUAUGUCUCCACAGGCAAAAGAAACAAAAGUGACAAUAAACAAGUGGAACCACAUCAAACUAAAAAGCUCCCACAUAGCAAAGGAAACCACCAAAAAAAACAAAAAGCCAGCAUACUGUAUAGGAGAAUAUAUAUGCAGAUGAUUUAUCCAAUAAAGGGCUAGUAUCCAAAAUAUAUAAAUAACUUACAUAACACCAAAAAAAAAAUCCAAGUAAAUAAUGGGCAGGGAAUCUGAAUAGACAUUUUUCCGAAGAAGACAUACAAAUGACCAACAGACACAUGAAAAGAUCCUCAAAAUCACUAAUCAUCAGGGAAAUGCAUAUCAAAACCAUAGAUACAGAGAAGUAUCACCUCACACUAGUCAGAAUAGCUGUAUCAACAGACAACAAUAACACAUCUUGGUAAGGAUGUGGAGAAACAAAAACCCUUGUACACUGCUGGUAGGAAUUAAAUUGGUGCAGUCCCUAUGUAAAGCAGUACGGAGGUCUCUCAUACAAUAAAAUUAAAACUAUACAACCCAGCAAUUCCACUUCUGGGAAUUGAACUGAAAAAAAACAAAAUAAUUCAGAAAGAUAUAUGCACUCCUCCAUUAUCACAGCAUUAUUUACAAUAGCCAAGAUAUGGAAACAAGCUAAGUGUCCAUCAACAAAUGAAUGGGUAAAGAUGUGGUACAUAUACACAAUGGAAUGUUACUCAGCCAUAAGAAAGAAUGAAAUCUUGCCAUCU